UGAUGAAGCUGAAUUUAAAUGGCACCAAAUCCAUCAUAUUUCUUAAUACAAUGGGCCAGGAAGAACAAUGUGAAAACGCUUAUUGACUGAUUUGAAGGUCUCUAGUUACGACUAGGACUGUAAUCUCCCUGAUGUCUAUACCCAAGAGAGCAUGACUGUCACCAAAGACAACAUUGUGACUCGGGAAAACCUCAAACGACGGCCACAUCCUGUAAAGAACAGGAUGAGGUCGCAGUGUGUGGGGCCUUAGUGCCCCCUGCACUAGGGGCAUGAACUGUUGAUAAAUGUGGAGACCCAUUGGAACUAAAUUCUAUUCUGAAGACUGGAAAUUAAGAAAUUAUUAGGAGGACCAGAGUUUCUCCUGAACAAGGCAGAAGAUCGGCCAAAGUCAAGUAUAGACCAACGGUAUGUCUCAGUGGACACAGACUUCCAAAGAGGAUGGAGGUGGAGAAGGAGGACGAGGAGAAGAAGAGGGAGGACGAGGACAUCCAGAAAACUCAAGUUAAUCUGCAACUUCAUCCAGGCCUCCACAGGCUGAACGAUGACAUGAGCACCACAGUCUUGGCAAUACAGGCGCACCAUGGAUCCUAUGACUCCACCCAAGGAGAGGAAAUAGAAUAUGGCUACCCGAUCACCUGUGGAGACAGCAGAGCAGUCCUGCUCUUCAAGAAGUUUGUGUGUCCUGGAAUCAACAUUAGGUGUGUGAAGUUCCAUGAUCAGCUCAUCAGCCCCAAGCAGUUUGCCCACCUGGCCGGGAAGGCCACCCUCAAGGACUGGAAGAGGGCCAUCAGGGUAGGGGGUGUAAUGUUGAGGAAAAUGAUGCAUUCCGGCCAGAUUGAUUUCUACCAGCACGACACUGUGUGUACCAACACCUGCCGCAGCACUAAGUUUGAUGUGGUGGUCGACGGUACUGGGCUCUCCCCAGGACGCCCCGGGCAGCGUCCCCCCUCCACCACGGCCCCCCAGGGUCUGGGAGCACAGCCGGGGCCCCUGCAAGGAGACAUUGUUCAUGGUAUAUACCCGGCUGUGGAGCAGAAGUUUACCAUGACUUCCGAGUUGAGUUCUGGUCUGCUUCUCCCUGCGAGUCCAUCCAACAGACUGAUCAACAGAAGGAAGAGGCUUCAUGCACCUGAUGGUGUUUGGAGCUUCUGGAAGGCCGUGGCAAACAGUGGGCUGAUGAGCAAGGUCCUGUCCAGCAUCCAGACCCAGCUGGAGGCCGCUCUCACAGGCCUGGACCUCCGCAUGAGAGAAGCUCAACUCCAGGCCAGAGAGGCCACGAUGCUCCACUCCCUUUGUGAGAUGCUUGGGCUGCUUGACUCGGUGGAGAACGCUCUGGACCAGAGACAUGCAGAGACAGACCAACAGAAUCUGGACCGGAGACAAGGAGAGACAGACCACCAGAGUCUGGAGCAGAGAGGAAGCCACCCAGAAGACAGCCUGACUCACAACCCACUCUGUGUCUCCGGCCCGAAGACAGGGGACCAGGAGAAGUGUUUUGAGGAGGCCGUCUCCAACCUAGACGUGUCUUCAAAGCGGAUGCUGGGACAGCACCAUCCCCCCAGCCGGGCUCAGACCCCCCACCUCGCUUCGCCCGGGGUCCCCACCAAGCGCAUCAUCGGGUCUCUCCUGGACCCAGGAGCCCCGCCGCAAGACCUGGACCGGCUGACCCCCAAGCCCCUCUCCCACAUCGCCCUCUCCCUCCCCAGGGUGCGGCGCCACACCGCGGGGGUCAUACACAGGGUGGGGAGGGGGGGCGGAGACGGACAGAUGGCCGCACUGGGGGGAGGGUACGAGGGCACGGAGAGGGGUAGGGUUCUGACCAGUCCACCGAGGGAAGGGAAUGGAGAGAAACAUGGCACAGCAGGGGGCCACAGAGAUGCCGCCGUGAAACCUACGUCGGGGAACGACGGCCACGUCUUCCGGAGGGGGGAGCCUGAGUCCUGGGAGAGGGGUCAUGGAGACGGAGACGGAGCUGCAGCGAGGAAACGGGCGUUAAAGAAACAGAAAAGGCAGCGAUGA